AUGGAUACUAAAACGCCUCAAUCCGAAAACAAUAACGUUAAUAAUAAAAAGAACUCAGUGUCACUAACUUAUGCUGAUACAUUUUCUGAAGAACCUUCCUCGUUUAAAAAUUCACCACCUCCAAGCAUUAAAAACGGAAUAAUAUCUUGUUCGAGAAGUGUUAGUUCUAGAGAAAUGUCUCUUUCAGAAAGUGUUAAGUCUAGGUCUUCAAAUAAUAGUAGUUGUUCAUCUAUAAAUAACCGGGUGAUUGAUCUCGAAAAUCGUGUUCAGAGUCUGGAAGACAUGUUAAAAGUUAAAGAAGAAGA